UAGGAAGAAGAGGCUGAGUGGAAAGGAGAUAUUCUCUUUACACACUGUCUCUUACUUGGUCAGCACUCAUGGGAAAGUAUAUACACAAAGAGCAUACUGGAUUAGACCUAUGAGCCCCGACCUUGGUGGAGUGGUGGCACAGGUUGUGCUCACGUUCCUUUUCUCUGCCACUGAUAACAAAGCAGCAUUUCUGGGAAAAAUCGAUAGUGUCCUACAGAAGAAACUGAGUAAAUAUUCUGGGCCUGUGCGAAUAGAUCUUGCAUCUUCUACCAUCUCAGAUAUGAGGCCCGAGAGAGCUGAAACCCUCUUCAGGGACUUCUGCGGGUUACGACAGAAUAGAUCAGCAAAAUCAAAAUCAUCAUCAACAUCAGAAAGAGUAGUCGGAGGCUUGGCUUCUGCAGAGCUUGGGGAUUGGCCGUGGCAAGCGAGUUUACGGCAGAACAACAUCCACCGUUGCGGUGCAACGCUGAUCAGCAACACGUGGCUUCUGUCUGCAGCUCACUGCUUUAGAAAAGCAAAUAACCCACGUAUAUGGACUGUUACCUUUGGAACUCUUUUAAGACCUUCAAGAAUGAAACGCUUUGUCAAAGCUAUUAUUGUCCAUGAAAAGUACCGUUAUCCAGCACACAACUAUGAUAUAGCUGUCGUGAAACUCUCGAAAGGAGUUGAUUUUACGAAUGUUGUACAUCGCGUCUGUCUGCCAGAUCCAUCUCAGAUUUUCCCAUAUAAUUCUGACGCUAUCAUCACAGGCUGGGGAGCACUGAGCGACGAUGGCCCGAGUCCUAAUGUUCUCCAGGAAGCAACAGUGAAACUCAUAGACUCAAACACUUGCAAUAGGAGAGAAGUGUACGAUGGGCUCAUCACGCCUGGGAUGUUGUGUGCUGGAUACUUGGAAGGAGGAAUAGAUGCCUGUCAGGGUGACUCUGGUGGCCCACUGGUUAGUCCGGAUUCUAGAGGAAUGUGGUACCUCGUGGGAGUAGUGAGCUGGGGAGAUGAAUGUGCUAAACCAAAUAAGCCGGGAGUCUAUACACGAGUGACUUACUAUCGGGACUGGAUCGCCUCAAAAACUGGCCUGUAA